AUGAAGGGGCCAUUGAGAAGAGUAGCAGUGAUCGGCGGCGGACCAGCUGGUUGUACGGCCGCCUAUACCCUUCGCAAACAAGGGUGCCAUGUGCACCUCUUCGAGCGCAGCGAUCGAAUCGGCGGGCGCACCAGCCAGAUCCGAAAAGAAGGCUUCAAUCUUGGGACGGGCGCGCUGUUCCUGAUGGGAGGCAUCUAUCCUCGCACCAAUGCGAUCCUGAAAGAACUUGGCCAUGACAAGGACUUGGUGCCCUGGACAGCCACCACGCAUGUCGUGGACUGGGACCGCCAGCGCUAUACCGCGCGCUUCGACAAGGUCACGAGCUUCAUCAAGAUGCCGGUGUUUAAUCUCUUCGAUCGGCUAAAGAUGGCAGUCGGCAUCAUCAAGCAGUUGUUUUCACCCGGCCCAAAGUCGCUCUUCGACGGUGCCGAGCUUGCCUUGUACGACCAUGGUGAGACGCUGGACAUUUGGUCCGACCGUGUGCUCGGGAAGAAGGGCACUAAUUAUUUGACUUUGCCGUAUAUGGGCUUCCUGUAUGCGGUUCCUCUGGAGUGGCAAUCAACCCCGUUGUUCCUAGGUGUCGUUCAGCAGUUCUACAAGUUGUCGCUGCAGGUGCCGCCCGAGGGCGUCGGGCAGUUCAGUGAAUGGCUUGUCGAGGGCACGCCCGGUCUUGAUCUCCACCUGUCCUGCCCGGCCGAGGCCGUUCGCAUCCGCAACGGCGGCGGCUACACGGUCGACGCUGGCGACAGAUCCUAUGAUGUGGAUGCCGUGGUGAUGGCGCCCGAGCCCGGAGUGGCCGCGGAUCUCCUUCAGGAUAUUAUCAACCCGGAUUCGGUAGCCAAGCUUCGAAACUGCCGCUACUCCGAAUACGCUCACGUCCAGCUCUGCUACAAGAAAAACCCCUGGCCGAAAUUUCCGGCCUCCGUUGCGUUACCUGCGACGGACCUGAGGAAUUGGGGCGCCUGCGUGCUGCUGAGCCGUCGUCAUCCCAACUCGGUCCCCCCCGGCGGCGAAGCGGUUGGCGUGUACUUCUACACGCCGCCGUUGGCGAAUAUGACCGACGAGGACAUCAAGCGCGAAGCGCUAAUGGCCGUUACUGAAGUUUUCGGUGCCGCCCCCGAACCUGACUUCAUCGAGAUGUUCCACUAUAAGCGUGGGCUUUCGCUUUCACCGCCAGGCCACUUCGCCACAUUGGACUCACUGCAUGCCGAAAUGCCCGAGGGUGUUGUUCUCGCGGGCGACUACUUCGCCCAUGCGGGCGUGGAAGCGGCCGUGCUCAGCGGCGAGCGGGCGGCAAACCGGCUGUUGGGGAAUGGUAUGUAA